UAUUUUGCCCACAACAUGAAUAUUUUAAGAAAUUCGGUGAUAAAAUCCAACCAGGUGCUGUUUCUUCGACAACUUUCGUCAAAAUCUCCAGCCACUGCGAGUGCUGCAAAAGAAAAAUGGGAUAUCUUAGCCGGUGUCCUCGUAGAGCGCCUCCCGGUCAUUACAAAAACCAUGACUCCGCUCGAAGCAAAAUUUAAGGCGACACUGGCUCAAAUCGAAUUCGAAAACAGUCUCAAAUCAGACCACGAAAUGCGUAAAGAAAUGGAAAAGCGCCAAACGGAGCUGCUCAAAGCGGGUAAAAUCGAUUUAGAUUCGGAAGCACUCAAACAAACGGCUCAGGAUUUAGAGGAUCUGUACAAUGAAGAAUUUAAUAAGUUUAAACCAGCCUCACGUGUCACCGAAGCAGACAAAAAGAACGAUGUACGAUCCCUGCAGAGAAAAUUAGAGCACACUCUAAUUCUAUUGACAGAGCAAAAGUUGGGCGACAAAAACUACUAUCUGUUACCUCAAGGUUUACACACGCCGGGAGAAUCGCUACGACAAACUGCUGAACGGGUUUUGCGGGAAUGCGUCGGCGAUUCCCCAAAAGUUAUAUUCUACGGAAAUGCUCCCGUUGGUUUUUAUAAGUACAAAUAUCCACCGACCGCUGGGAAAAACACAUUGGGAGCGAAAGUUUUCUUCUUUCGCUGUGUAGUAAAACCGGAAAGUUCGAACGUCUCCAGCGAUAAAACCAAAUUCCAAUGGUUAGAUCAAUCGGAACUAGAGAAAGUAUUAAUCGGACCGUACUAUCAAAGUGUUUCUCAGUUUUUGUUGUAGUGGUAAACUAAUAAAUGUGUAACAGAAUU